AUGAGUUACAAAACCAACUAUGAGCUCUACUCUCGAGGAAGCGUCGACAGCAGACGGUCACCACCGCCGCCAGAUGAGCUUCUCUCACCGUUAGCAACACUCUACCCGCAUGUCGCGGCCCUGCAGCCACAGUACAAUCCCAGCAGCUGCACCUUCACCGGUUACCGUGACACGGGAUAUUGGGCUGCGGCCUACACGACACAGCCUAUCGAUGAUUCCUCCAUGUCCAUGCGUCCCAUCAGUGAUGGUCGACCAUGCCGAUUUGUUUCUAAACUACGCCGACUCCUGAGCCGAGACGACCUAAGAUAUCGUCGAGGAUCUUCUCGGGCAACUGCACGAACUGCAUGA